GCAGCCGUGGGCCCCGUGUCCGUGGCAGUGGAUGCCAGCAGCUUCCAAUUCCACUUCUACAAGUCGGGCAUCUUCAGCAGCAUGUUCUGCAGCCAGCGGGUGAACCACGGGAUGCUGGCCGUGGGCUACGGCACCAGCCAGGACUGUGGGCGCAACGUGAGCCACUGGAUCUUAAAGAACAGCUGGUCAGAGGUGUGGGGUGAGCGGGGCUACAUCCGCCUGUUGAAGGGUGCCGACAACCACUGCGGGGUGGCCAACCAGGCCAGCUUCCCCGUGCUGUGA